AUGAUACACGAACACAGAGACAAGUGCGGGAGACUGCUAGCCAACCUCCUGAGGCAACGUAGGACACAACUGUAUAUACAGAAAAUAAAAAACGCACAGCAACAAAUCAGACACCUCCCAGACCAAAUAGCAACGGAGUUCCAACGAUACUACCAAGACCUUUACCAUCUCCGCAAGGAAGCACAGGACGACCAGAGACUUAAAAAAAACAGCAGACAUACGCAA